UCUGAGUUUCUCCCUACUACCGGAGAUAGCUUUAUUGCAUUUUUAGAAAUCAGUGUUGGUUGGCAGUAGUCUUACCUGAUUCGUUCAGUACAAGAGAAGAUGGCGACGAGAAAAGUGAGCAUUAGCAGUGUCCUUCUAGCAGUGAAUCUCUUUCUAUUUUUUUCUUUUCUAAUCGAUGCUAGAAAAGUCGAAGAUAAUGUUCAAUCUUUCGGUGGGCUACCGUUCUUACAAUUCACAAGAGACGGUGUCCGUGUGAAUUUUGCUGGAUAUCAUGCUGAAACUGGUCUCGGUGGUUUUCUCGGUAAUUCUCAAACCGGUGGAGGACUUCAUGCAAGUGCUGGAACACCGUUUGGUCCACAAGCAUCUGCUGGAUUAGGUGGACUACUUAACGGUAAUAAUGCAAACGCAGGUGGUGGCUUAUUCGCACAAGCUGGUCUUGGACAUAAUCGACCAGCAGCCAGGGCUGGUCUUGGAGGAAUCCUAGACGGAAGUGGAAAUUCGAAUAAUCCGAAUGCUGCCGGUAAUCUUUUCGCCGAAGCUGGACUUGGAAAUAAUCUACCAGGAGCUAGAGCUGGCCUUGGAGGAGUCCUAGAUGGAAGUGGAAAUUCGAAUAAUCCUGUUGCCGGUAAUCUUUUCGCAGAAGCUGGACUUGGAAAUAAUCUACCAGCAGCCAGAACUGGACUCGAAGGUGUCCUAAACGGAAAUGAAAACAAACCUAAUUCCGAUAAUGUUCAUUAUGAUACAGUAUCUAGUAAUACCGCGUCAAUUAAACCUUCUACAAGUCAUACAAACAUACAAUUAAUUUCAGGAUCAAUACCGAAAAAUCACAAGAACCAAAGAGCAAUAGUUUCAAAAUCGUUAGUUCUGGUCAACGAACCUGUUCCCGAAUCAAAAUACUCUUCACCGGUAGGUACGUCAGCAGAACUAUAUGGAAAUGUUUAUCCUGAUGCGAAUGCGGGUUACGUCAGUGACAAGAGUGCAUCCGAAAAUGUACAAAAGAUCCCAACUUCCCGUGAUAGAUCGGUCGAAGAAAAUCGAAAGAUAAACGAAUCUACUACGUCUAUCAAUGGCUUGAUAUCUUUGAAAGGAGUCGUUACAGCUAAUGCUGGAGCUAAUGGCAAUGCUGCAGUUGGUAGUAAUGUUAAUACGGCACAAGAACAACCGGUAUUGAAUCAUUGGUACUUAAGAAAGAGAUUUCGCACUGGUCCAUUGAGAAAACAAAUAAUACAAUCGAGUUCGGUGAUACCAGUUUCGGUCCCAAUCCCAGCAUCCACGUCUAGUGCCACAUCAGGAACUGCAUCUGGUGCUGCCAGUGCAUCCGGAGAAAUUAUCUCACGAGUGAAUACCGACGGUUUGACUGGCAGUGACAUCACUUUUGUUGGUUCAAAAACUUAUAAACCCGGAUCGUUCUUUGAUGAUAUUUUUAAUAUACCGAUUUCCACGUUGACGGCGGUAAACCAAUUGCUCAGAAAUAAUGUUGGUUGAGACCUGGACCAUCUUUAUAUCAUCUUUAUUACUAUAUAUUGUAUUUCUAUAAUUAUUUUCUUUUGGUUUCUAAUACGAACGAUCUUUGUAGCAAGAAGAAAACACGUAGUAUUCAUAUAGUCGGUGCAUUUGUUUAUUAUUAUUAUUAUUAUUAUUAUUAUCAUUAUUAUUAUUAUUAUUAUUAUUUUAUUUUAUUUAUUAUUAUUAUUAUUAUUAUUAUUAUUAUUAUUAUUUAUUAGAAACAGUUAUAAUUGAUAAAGAAACUAUUAUAAUUGGUAAAUAGAUUACUUUCAUAUAAACGAGAGAUUUAUAUGACGAUAUUAAUUAUAAAUUUUUGCAGUACUUUUAA